AUGGACCAGCUCAUAAGGACCCUGCCAAAGCCUCGAUCAGGCGCACGUAUUCUGCACAUUCUCGAAGUUGAAGGCGAAUUUCAGGGGUGUCGGACUAUUCCAACGAAGUAUGUCUAUCAAAGAUUGCAUGCUAUCUGUUAUUCUUCGCUAUUUUCAAAAUUCUUGUAAGUUUCUACUGAAGACAGGUUGUCAACCGUUGCAGACGCUGCCUGUAAAGACGACGAGAUACUCGUCCGCCGGCAAGUAAACACAGCCAGGAUGAAGUUGAGUUGUCUCUGUGCAUACUUCCUCACACAUAAUAGUCACUUAUGACCAGGAGUAUAAUAUCAAUUUCUUAUGUCAGGGAACUUAUACACAGCAACGCGGUUGUAAGCAUUUCAGAUUAUCUUAGCGAAAACGAUGUUCUAGAAAGUUGGAAAGCUUGCAGCUGGAUGUCCAAACUGUUGACAGUCUUCUACAUUAAGGAGAUGAGGAGGUGGGUACACAUUGGGUUUGGGGACAUUGAAGCGUUCCUUACUUCUGGAGUUAGAGGUUACUGUAAAGACUGACAGUAUUUUAGUGCUCAAAAGCAAUAAUAAAUUUGUUGUAACGUAGAUGUGAAAGAUAAGUGAGUACAGUAUAAACAAUGACAUAUAAAAAUCGUAAGUUAAUAAACGUUUCGAUUAACAAUGCUGCUAUUUGUGGGGUGGAUUGUCUAGACAUAGAUACAAUGAAAAUAAAACGUGAAAAUUGAGGAAUGCAGUUCACACUGUUUAUAAGGUAAGGUAAUUCAAGGUAAGGUCAAGGUACCUACACAGCCCACAACCCUGCAGUCCAUAACCUGCUUGGAAUCGUUGUUUUUGCUUAACCCUCGGUAAUACUCCUUGCAGGUGCUGCAGCAGAGCGGCUUUCACUGAUAUGGCCUAUGUGGGGUAGUCUGACGAAGGAAGCGUCCUUCUUAAUGCCUUCUUUACUUUCACAAGUGACUUGCCGGUAAGCACAGUCAUCGCGGUCUUACACCGUUUCUCGUGAUCAUGGGACUUCCCCACACAUAUCGACCACCCAGCAAGUUGGGCAUUCACAAAUCCUCUGGCGACACAUGACUUGUCAAUAAUAAACCAAAACCUUCAUUUUUAACGAGUCUCAAGUAUUUCUAUGUCAGUGAGAGCAGUACAAAUAGUCACCGCCUUCACCUACUGGUUUACGCCUAUAAUACACGAUCGGUGGCCACUUCUGACACGGUGUACGCUAUUGCAGCCCUAACAAACAAGUAUCUGGUACUUUGCAUCCACAGGGUGCCAACACAGCUGAUUGACUCCCACCCACCAGCAUCGAAAUUACACCUUUCAAAAAUUUCCGCUUUCCGAAGAGCUUGGUGUUUUUUUGAAACAUUAAGAACAUGAUUUGUCCCAGUCAUUUAAAAGCUUCUGCCCCCCUCCCCGGCACAUUCUCCUCCGAGGACCAGGAGUGAUUUCCUGGACAUUUACGAGCCUUCCGCCAUGAGGGAGAGCUUUGUGGAUGUGAUAAGUGACCAGUCGGGGAAGUCUUAUUUCUGCAAGUGGUUACAUUUGGAUUGGAGGUAAGUGUCCAACUGCAAGGGAUUGGGUCUCCUCCGAUGGCCUCUGUGAAGAUUUUACUUGGCCGAGCUCCCAAACAGGUGAUACAAUUCCUCCUUAAAAUUGUCGUAAUCUGUGUGAAUUACGUUCUGUUUUUAAAACCUUCAUCUGAAUCACGCUGAUCACAUUUCUAACAAAUGCUGUUUCAAUCGCUACUGAGCUGCUGAUUUAACUUUAGACGUCUCCAGCUAAGGUCUGCAUUGAGCAUUCAUAAAUCUCGUCAAUCACUCACUGAAGGGCGUCCAAUUCCUGUCAGAAUUUAUUAGCUACAGGAAGUUUGGAGGUAGCACCUUAACCGAAAACGGUAAUUGAACGUGUGCCUUCUUUUGCUGCAGAUCCUCCUACGUGCCUCCACCGAUCGCCUAUUGGGCCGAUCCCCGUGGAUUUAUGACGAUUCUAGUGCACCCCAAGAUGCUUAAAAACCACUCGCCAACCUUUGUAACAACUGCUAUCGACCGCCUUCAUGCUGCGAUUAAGUGGCCGGAAAAAGUCUUUCCGAAGUUUCCCCUGGCUACUUAUCGUCAGGAGGCGAAGCCGCUUUUAAAUUUCAAGCGACCCAAAGAAUUGCAGACCGAAAAGUACUGCAGGAUUCGAAAACCAAAAUGA